CCACAGUUCAAACUGGAAAAAAUGGCGGGGGAGCCUGAGCUGCUUGUCUUCGCCCCUCCACCGGACGAGGAGAUUGUGUACGGGACAAACGACCUGGCCUCGGUCUCCGCCACUCCCAGAGAGGACUUCCGGGUGCGCUGCACCUCGAAACAGGCCGUGACCGAAAUGCUAGAGCUGUGCGGCCGCUUCGUGCAAAAGCUUGGGGAUGCGCUGCCAGAGGAGAUUCGGGAGCCCGCACUGCGGGAUGCACAGUGGACUUUUGAAUCAGCUGUACAAGAGAAUGUCAGCAUUAAUGGCGAAGCGUGGCAGGAAGCUUCGGAGAAUUGUUUUAUAGAUUCUGACAUCAAAGAACUUGAAGAUCAGUUUGAUGAAAUCAUAGUAGAUAUAGCCACAAAACGUAAGCAGUAUUCCAGAAAGAUCCUUGAAUGUGUCAUCAAAACCAUAAAAGCAAAACAAGAAAAUCUGAAGCAUUACCACCCUAUUGUACAUCCACUGGACCUAAAAUGUGACCCUGAUACAGCCUCUUGUAUGGAAAAUUUGAAAUGCAGAGGAAAAACAAUAGCUAAGGAGAUCAGUGAAGCCAUGAAGUCUUUGCCUGCAUUAAUUGAACAAGCAGAUGGAUUUUCUCAAGUUUUAAAGAUGCAACCUGUUAUUCAGCUCCAGAGGGUCCACCAAGAAGUCUUUUCCAGUUGUAAUAGGAAACCAGAUGUUAAACCCGAGAGUUUCCUAACACAAAUAGAAACCACACCAACAGAGACUGCUGCCAGGAAAGCCACUAACAUAGUGCUGAAAAGAAAGAGGACCAAAGACUGCCCUCAGAGAAAAUGGUAUCCGUUGAGACCAAAGAGAAUUAAUCUUGAUACUUAG